GUCAGUCCCGGGAACCCAGUCGGCGAAAGGCGCACCGGAGCCCAACAUCCGACGGGUUCAUGUCAGCGACCUUCUUCUUCUUCUUUUUUUUCUUCUCCUUCUUCUUCUGUUCUUUCGCCUCUGGACCGAGUGAUUUAAGACACCUGGGAUAGUUUUCGUGAACUCAAAGGAAGCGCAGCGAUGAGAGCCCAGCAGUUCAUCUCCCACCGAAGUGACUGAGACCCAAAUCUCGCCGCGUCGCAUCCAAUCCGAUUGAAGCCUCCCGCGAGGAUGACGCGCAGGAUGAAUUACGCUCUCGCGCUGGUGUUACUUGGAGUGGUUCACGCCGCGGCCAAAAAGGAGGAUUGUUUGUCGGGUCGUUACACAAACGGCGGAGAAUGCUGCGAGCGGUGCCCGCCCGGGGAGGGCGUCAUCCAGCCAUGUGGCGUCUCCCAGACCGUCUGCGCCCCCUGUCUCGACAGUGAAACCUUCUCAGAAAGCUUCAGUGCCACAGAGCGCUGUCAGCCCUGCACAGUGUGCGCGGGCCUAUUUCGCAUGAAGGAGCCCUGCACGGAUUCCAACGACGCCUCCUGCAUUUGCAACUACGACUUCUACAUGAACGAGCUCUCUGGGCGGUGCGAGCGCUGCACCAAAUGUCCCGAGGGCGAGGGCAUGCUGCUGCCGUGCGACUCCGACCAAGACACGACGUGCGAGGAGUGCACCGGGGACAACUACUCGGACCAGGAGAGUUCUCGGGAGCCCUGCCUCCCCUGCAGCACCUGUGACGAAGAGGGCGUGUCGGAGAUCUGCACCUCUGUAACCGAUACAGUUUGUCAAGUUCCUCCAUUUUACGACGACAUGUUUCCAACGCCCUUUUCCGGUAACUUCACGCCCACGAAUGAGGUCUACCUACCAGAGACCCCCCCAUCAGAGGAGCCUAGAGACACCUCCACCACCACCACUAAUGGCGAUUCUAAGGAGCCGAUCUACCACCUGAACAACAAACUCAUCCCCAUCUACUGCUCCAUCCUGGCAGCCGUUGUAGUCGGCCUCGUGGCCUUCUUCAUCUUCAAGAGAUGGAACAGCUGUAAGCAGAACAAGCAAGCGGCCAACAACUGCACAGCCAACCAGAACCAGACGCCGUCCCCGGAGGGAGAGAAGCUGCACAGCGACAGCGGCAUUUCUGUGGACAGCCAAAGUCUGCAGGAGCAGCAGGGCCAGACUCAGGCCCAGACAGUUGUCACCAUGGAUGAGGAGCCCUGCCUGCUCCUCCCUCUCCAAACCCGGGAGAAAGUGGAGAAGCUGCUGUUCAGCGACUGCACACACACGGAGGACAGCGACUGGUGCAACCUCGCGGGCCUCCUCGGGUACAAGGACGAGCGCAUCGCCACCUUCCAGCAGGAGGAGCACCCCGUCCGGGCGCUGCUCCGCGACUGGGCGAGCAAGGACUGCGCCAGCGUCGACGCCCUGUGCGCCGCGCUGCGCAAGAUCAACCGCGAGGACGUCGCCCAAAGUCUGGCGCCGAGCCCGAGCGCCACGAGGGCCGACGCCACCUCCGUAGUGUGAUUCGGAGCGACCCCCUCCCCCCACCCCCGCCCCUCAGUGUUUGUCUAUAUACACCUCCUGCCUUUCCACACUGCUCGCGACUUUAUUACCCCGUAGAAGAGCAGUGGGCCUUGCACUGAGUUAUUAGUGGAUAACUUGAUCCCUAGCAUCUUUAUUUUCCAAGCGUUCAUAGUCAGUUUGUCCAAUAUUUAUAGCAUUAAUAAGCCACUAUUGUAUCUUUUCUACAAAUCUAUGCUACCAAACAGGAGUAAAACGCCACGAGAGACCUGAAAAGCCACAUUAUUUACAUGUAGUUGACUGGUGUCACUAACCCUGCAUACCACAGAGUCCUUGCGUCCCCGUAGUUUACCCAACAAGUCCAAUAAGAGCAGUGGACUUUGCCAACGAGGUGGUCUGCAGGGGGGGGGGGGCACGGGCAGAUGUGCUCUGCAGUUCGACUAUGUAUACAGUGCAUCCACAAUGCGUAUAUACACACACACACACACUACAGUAUUUAACAAUGCAUGUACUAUUCAAACAACGUUUACAUACUUAUCCAUUGCAGAAGAGAGAAAUAGAAAACCAGAGAUGCUGCCGCCAUCUAAUCGGUAAGAUCUCACGAGGGGACCAUUCCUAGUUUAAUGUCAUUGUUAGUGGGCUGUGUGUCUUUAAAAGAGGAAAUUACGAAGAUCCAUAUGAUUUGCCAUGUGUGCCAGUGCACAGAUACCAAGAAGAAAUACAUGUAACACACACACAAAUCCAGGGUUUUCUAUCAUGUUUAGCUUAUUUUCUCAGGGUAUCGCAAACGAUCGUGUUACUGCUCUAACAUGACACUCAUUAUUGCACCCGCUACACACAGUGUGUUCAUCCAAAGCAUAGGCUCCUGCAACUGACAAUCCAGCGAACUUAAAAGCGAAUAAGAGAGGGGAAACGGGCCAGAUAAUAAAGAAAAGUGGUGUCUUGUUUCCUCAUUGUUUGCAACAAUAAGCUCCGGAUAAAAGGCAAGUCAGUGGAGACAUUAGUCAAAGGACCCUGGGACGAUCAGACCGAGGGAAGGAGGAAAAGUCUUUGAUGACUAAAUAAAACCCAGGAUUCUGCAUUCAGCGUUAAUCAGCUCGUUCAAGCAUGCAUCGUGUUGGUUGGAAUUAGUCAAAAUGUUAUUGAUUAUAUUAUAUGCUGCCAAAUCACGACCGCUAGCCACAUUUUGUUUUCUCUCUUUUUGGGGAAAGACGUUUGAAGGAGCAAAUAGUCGACUUUGAUACUCUUUCCUAAGCUGCCUUUGAGGUGCAGAUUGUACAUUGUUACUAACCACUAGCAUAUGAAGCCUCGUGCUGUAGUGUUACUUUAAAUGAAGGUAUUUUCACUUUACUCUCUAAGGAUUGUUGUAUUUUAAUUCCUCGAUAACAGCUGUAAAUAAUAUUAUGUUUCACUCGUUGUCCUAUAGAUUCUAGAAACGUCUCAGUUUUGCAUCCCAAGUGCCUGGGAACUACUUGGUGUUUUUAGCUGUUAUUUUAUAUUUUCUUUAGUUGUCAUUUUUCAACUUGUAAAUACUAGUUUUUAUUUCAGUAAAAGCCCUAGAAGGCUCUGUGUGAGUGGGACAUUGUUACAAUAUUAAUGCUGUUCUAGUUGAAAGUGGUACAAAGGGCAAAGGGAGGGAAAGUGCCUUUGUGAGGAUGCUUUUAAGAGAUGAUCCCCUGUGUAAGCCUAUUAUGGGAUUUUGUAAUAAAGACUCAACAUGAAUAUCGAACACAAAUAUAGAAUAUCUUUCAGAGUAAUCGCAACCGCAAAGCUAUAAUCUUCCACCCACCAAACACUACAUAUGUCUCUGGUUACCCGGGUUACGGGAGUCUUUGCAGAUCAUUUCAAUAUUACCUUCACUAAUACUAUAUUUUGUUCACUGUACUUAGUCAACACUCAUAGUUGUGAAUUGUGACCCGAGGUGGGGUGUGUCCCUCGGACAGUAUUUGUUUAGUUUAGCGUGGAGGUGGAGGUGAAUAUUGUCACCUCAUCGCACUCGAGGUUUCCCGGGUGGAUUUAAAUAAAGCCCCGGGAAUGUAGCUCAUGGUAAAACGGGCUGGCAGGACACCGGGACUGAACUGUACAGAAGUGAGAAAUACUGAAUGUUCCUUGUAUACUAACACUGUGCUGUACUUAAUGUGAAUCAGCUAAAUUCCUACAACAGACAAGCAGCAACCAAUAAAAAAGCUCUUGACUACACCAAACUCUGUAUUUUAUCCUACAGUGCACAAAUAAAACAUAAGAUUGCGUGUACUUGUA